AUGGCACCAUUGCACUCCAGCCUGGGCAACAAGAGUAAACUCCUUCUCAAACAAACAAACAACAACAACAACAACAACAAAAACGAGGGAACAACAACAACAACAACAACAAAAACAAGGGAAGUAGUGGUGGGGAAAAUAGCGGACAAGAAGGAGGGAAAGGAGAGGACUGAAAAGUCACAGCGAGCUGGAGCCGCUGGAGGACCUGAAGAAGAAGCAGAAAAACCUGUGAAUACUAAGACUGUUUCUUCCAGUAAUGAAAGGGAAAGUUCCAGUCAUAGCACUGAGACACAGUCAGCUGAAGAAACUGCAGACUUCCCAACAAAGCCUACAAAGAUCUCCAAGUGUGGAUUUCCCAUAGGUAGUCAGACAACAAAGAAAGCAUCAGACAUAUUCAACAAACUUGGAUCAAGUAAGCCUUAAACUGUUCCAACUCUUGCUCCAAAAACUUCAGUGGCAGCAGCUUUUAAUGAAGAUGAAGACAGUGAACCAGAGGAAAUGCCUCCAGAAGCAAAGAUGAAGAUGAAGAAUACAGGAAGGGAUACACCAACAUCAGCUGGACCAAACUCCUUCAAUAAAGGAAAGCAUGGGUUUUCUGAUAACCAGCAGCUAUGGAAGCAAAAUAUAAAAUCUCAUCUUGGAAAUGUCCAUGACCCAGACAAUUAAAUGAUGUUUUGAAACUGGGGUGUGGGGUGGUGUAAAGUUAAAAGGAACAGUUUCCUUUUUUAAAGAACGGUAUAAGACUAUCUUUGGAGCUGCUUUUUUUUUUCUUUUUCAUUUUUUUUUUUAAAGAUUGAGUGGUACACUAAUAAAUGAGAGUUUCAAAUUAGAGGUAAUUUAUGUUUUAUAUCCAGAUUUUAAGACAUUUGCUAAUUUUGUUGUUUCAUGUGAUUAGUUUCCAAAGGUUACAGAUAAUAAAGAAAUCAGAAAUGGUACCAUUAUGAGAAUUGAAUGUUUUUUUAAACACAACCAUUAGCACAUUAAGAGAGAAGCAGAAGGUAUUGCCAGGCUGGGUGCAGUGGCUCGCUCCUGUAAUCCCGGAAGCAAAGAUAAAGAUGAAGAAUAUUGGAAGGGAUAAACCAACAUCAGCUCCCACUUUGGGAGGAUGAGGCAGGCAAAGUGAAACCCCGUCUCUACUAAAAAUACAAAAAAAUUAGCUGGGUGUGGUGGUGCGUGCCUGUAGUCCCAGCUACUUGGGGGGCGGAGGCAGGAGAAUUACUUGAACUUGGGAGGCAUAGGUUGCAGUGAGCCGAGAUUGCGCCACUGCACUCCAGCCUGGCGACAGAGCAAGACUCUAUCUCAAACAAACAAACAAACAGCAAAAAAAGUUAUUAUCAAUUUAAAACUGCAAGCAGUUACUCUCUUAACUCCCUUAUUACCUAAACUUGUCUAGCUCCUAGGAACAGUCUUACAGAGAGAUGGAGUAUUGUAUUGGGAGGAAGAUGCUACUGAACUGUUGACUGAAAGUAAAUUUAGAUAAAAUUAAAAUUCCUUAUGGGCAUUUGUUUUGUUUCAAGUCAUCAUAAACUAGGUAUUGCAUUGCUCUCAGCGGAUACAUAUGUUUAGCUCUUAAAAGGAUUUUUUUUUAUGUAGACUGUUGAAUAUUUGAAAUAGCCCACUUCACCUUAAUGGGUCUUGUCUAUCUUCAUUACUCUUCAAAGAAAAACCAUUUGCUACCAAAGUAAAUCAGUAUUUUGAAUGUGCUUCUCUUGUUUUUUAUUAGCUAGUUCCUGUAAGAAUUUCCACCAGAACUUGAGGCAAAUCAUAAGGAAGCUGUUUCUUUUAAAAUACAAACCAUCACCAAAAAUUUAAAUGUAUAUAUUGUUUAUAUAUUUGGCUGUUUUUAUUUUUUAAAAGGUAUGAACACACAAAAAAUUUUUAAUUUUGUAUGAAGGUGAAAAACAAGAAGAUGCACUUUCUGUAACUUUGUCUAAGGAUGUAAAUUACUAACUUGUGAAACAUAAUUUGAAUUGAACUUAGCUAUCAGCUUUCUUACCAGAAAAAUUAUAUGGUUUAUUUUAAAUGUAUACAUAUUGACCAAUGGCCUCUCAAAAAUCACAUUUUAGAUACUAAAAUAGAAGGAAAGAAAAUGCAUCUGUAAACAUAUUUUGGAAUCUCACCACAUAUACUUUGUUAGAUUCGUGUAUUGUAGGGUGUUUGUUUUUGUAUUUUUGUAUUAUAUAUGAACUUUUUUUUUAAUGUGACAGUUAAACACACCUUUAAAAGCACAGUCACAGACAAAAGAAACAUACAGUAUAAAAAUCUCCUUGAAAACUCCUACAGUAUUAUAUUUGGAGGCAGCUUCACACUGUUUUAUUGGUGGUAACUGCCCGCUGAGCUCUUUUAGACAGUAAUAACUCCAGAGACGGAGCCUGUGUAAAUUCCUAACACUUUGUUCAUUAGCAUUUAAGUUUAGAAUAAGUCCCAUGUAAAACAAUAGAAAUUUAUGUAGAACUCUUAGUUCUUACAUGAUUUAAUUAUAUCAGGAUACAUGAAUUUUGCCUUACUUUAAUGUAGGCAAACUAUCCAUUUUUAUCCAUUUUCUUGUUUGUUAAAAUAACAUACCUCUACUACAUAUUCUUUUCUUGACCCAAAUGAAAUAUUAACCUAAGGUCAAGCUGGGAGAGAGAAAUGACUGAGAUGAAUGUCUUUACUAGAAUACCAAUAAAGUUGUCAAACU